AUGGCUGCCGUGGCGUUCAUGCACGGCAUGGCCAAAAAAACCCUAUCCAUCUGCCAUUUUUGGCGUACCAAUGCAUCACCCAAAGCUGCCAUUACGAGCAACAUCAGCACCAACAAAAAGCUGAACCGCUUCGCCGACCCAGAGACCCCUAUAAAACCCCAGCGUUCGAGCCACUCCAUGAUCGCAGCUCACGUACAGCAACAUCUCGGCAACAAGACCAGCAGCGAAGCUCGGGAGAGCGAGAGAUUGAUGAUGAAGAAGGGCGGCGCCGCAACAACGGUGGCGGUGGUGUUGGUCGUCCUGCUGGCGGCGGCGGCGUCGUCGGUGGCGAGGGCGGACGUGAGCUGCGCGGACGUGGACGAGAACCUGCGGCCCUGCGUCGGGUACGUGACGGGCAAGGAGGCGGCCCCGGCCGCCCAGUGCUGCGCAGGCGUGAAGCGGAUCAGGACCAUGCCAUCCGGCACGGCGGACCGGCGCCAGGCGUGCGAGUGCGUCAAGCAGGCGGCGGCCAAGUACCAGCCGCUCAACGCCGACGCCAUCCGCGACCUCCCGGCGCAGUGCGGCGCGCCGUUGCCGUUCCCGCUCACCCUCAACUUCGACUGCACCACAAUUCCAUGA